AUGCCAGACUAUCAGGGAAGGACAGAACUUUCGAAAGCUGGACUCACAGAUGGAAAUGUUCCCUUGAGGAUUCUCAAUAUCAGACACUCUGAUGAAGGACAAUAUUGCUGUUUUGUUCAAGAUGACACUUUUUAUGAAGAAACUGUAUUGAAACUGCGGGUAGCAGAGCCUCGUUCUCUCAGCAAUCUGGAGGUGCUGCCCCUUCUCCUCAUCAUUCCUCUUGGGGCAUCACUUGUAGCCCUUUAG